AUGGCUGAUGCAGACCCUUUACUGAGUGAUUUGUGCUCCAUAUGCCAUGUCAAUCCCCCAAAAUACCGAUGUCCGCGCUGCUCAAUACGCACCUGCUCUCUGCCCUGCACGCGGCGUCAUAAGCUCUGGUCGCAAUGCUCUGGGGUCCGCGAUCCUGCUGCAUACCUGAAGCGCAAUGAGCUAGCCACUGCAUCUGCGUUUGACCGCGAUUUCAAUUUCAUCACUGGUAUCGAGCGCACCCUCGAACGAGCGGAGAGAGAAGUCGACAACCGCGGUAUCGAACUUGCACGGGGUGCUCAAGUAGAUGACAACGGGGCUGAAGGCGAACAGGGUUCAGCUUGUGGGCGCAAGAGAAAGCACCUGAAUCAGGGACUUGCCAAGGGCGAGGCUGGGUUUCUGCGUGGUGCUGAGGCUGGUGGUGUCAAGGUCAUUCGGGCUCCAAAAGGAAUGUCAAGAAACAAGCAUAAUGGAUCGCGGUUGCACCCUAAGCAUAAGUGUCUUGCUUGGACGGUGGAGUGGAUUACAGCCGAUGGCCAGAAAACCAUUCGAAAUUCUGUUGUUGAGACAUGCUCCGUAGCUGAAGCUUACGACCGAUGCUGCCCACGUUCAAAAGACCAGGAGCCAGUUUCUGCGGCGGCUUACGACAAGUCAGAGAACAAGGAUCGUUUAGAUACCGCAAACAAGGAUGCAGACAACGCCGCAUAUGCUGUGUCCCAUGACCAGGCUGCAGGGGCAACCAAGGUGCCAGAAGCAAAGGCACCAUAUCCUUCCGCGCCACAAUCGUCGGAAGCACUGGCACAGACAUCCGCAGAAACAUGCACCGAAGGGACUGAUAAAAUGCUAAACCAGAACAUAUCCCCCCACCGUGGUCUCUUCUUUUACAUUCACCGUCCACGAACGACAACCAAAAAGCCAGUACUGGCUCCUCUCUUGCAAUCUGCAACCUUGAAAAGCAUCCUUCGCAACCGGACCGUACUCGAGUUUCCUACAAUCUACGCACUCCCAGACCCGGCUGAAACACUACUUGCAGAUCGAGAAAACUCACCAUUUAUUCUGGAAGAAGAGUAUCUUCGAACAGCUGGACCGGAAGAAAUGCAACAGUCUUCUGCGGCAAGCGAUGAUGAGAACGUCAUAGCUGAAACUCAAACAUUCCCCGACUCUUCAAUCAAUCUUCAAAAUGUUGACGAGAGUAAAGUCUUGGAGGUGUUGAAACAGGACCUAUUUGAACCGGUGCCGGACACUGGCUCUGUGGAAUGA